CGUUUUCACAUUCCUCUCUCUCUCUCUCUCUCAGAUUUUUGUUUAUCUUCUUCUUGUUUGAUUUGAUUUCACAUUAGAAGAAGCUUGUGGAGUAAAAACACACAAAAUUCUCCACAUUAUCUCCAGAUCUGAUCUUGCUUCAAGAACUUCUACAUGAUCAAUCACAGGUUUUGAUCUGAAGGAAGAGAGAGCGACAAGGCGGAUUUCACGCUCCUGUCUUGAGCCUUUUUAGCGUUCUUGAUCAUUUCUAAGAAACUGAUAUCUGAUGCAAAAUCCUCCCCCAUGGAAUGAUCUGUUUCUUGAAUUUUUCAAACUUCUAAUGUCAUGAAGAGGAGGAGAGAGUCUUGGUAAGUUUAGAGAGUUAUGGAGACCGGUACAAGCAGCGUUGGCAACAGCGGAAGCAGCAGAAACGAGAGCUAUGAAGCAAUCAAGAAUGGAUCAUGGUUUAAUCAGUUCCGCAAUGGCUGCAAUCCAUGGAUGGCUAGAUAUGUAUACGGUCUGAUAUUCCUCAUCGCGAAUCUACUAGCUUGGGCUGCUCGUGAUUAUGGUCGGCGUGCCUUAACAGAAGUGACAAAAUUCAAGAAUUGUAAAGGCGGAGCAAACUGUUUGGGGACCGAAGGAGUCUUAAGAGUUAGCUUGGGAUGUUUUUUGUUCUAUUUCGUUAUGUUUCUAUCAACACUUGGGACGUCCAAAACGCAUUCGUCAAGAGAUAGAUGGCAUUCUGGAUGGUGGUCUGCUAAGCUUAUUAUGUGGCCUGCUUUAACCAUCAUUCCUUUCUUGCUUCCUUCUACCAUUAUUCGCCUUUACGGAGAGAUUGCCCAUUUUGGUGCAGGGGUAUUUCUACUGAUACAACUAAUUAGUGUAAUCAGUUUCAUUACAUGGCUCAACGAAUGCUAUCAAUCCCAAAAAGAUGCAGAACGAUGCCAUGUCCAUGUGAUGCUACUAGCAACUACUUCAUACACAGUGUGUAUAGUUGGGUUGAUUCUGAUGUAUAUAUGGUACGCGCCAGAUCCUUCAUGUCUUCUCAAUAUAUUCUUCAUAACUUGGACUUUGUUCCUCAUUCAGCUCAUGACAAGCAUCGCUCUCCAUCCUAAAGUUAAUGCUGGUUACUUGACUCCGGCUCUUAUGGGACUCUAUGUUGUGUUUAUCUGUUGGUGCGCCAUUAGAAGUGAACCAGUGGGUGAAAGUUGCAACAGAAAAGCAGCAGCCUCAGACAGAACAGACUGGCUUACCAUCAUUAGCUUUGUGGUUGCACUACUUGCAAUGGUUAUUGCGACUUUUUCUACGGGAAUAGACUCUCAAUGUUUCCAAUUCAAGAAAGAUAAGAACAAUCAAGGAGAAGAAGAAGAAGAAGAAGAGGAAGAUGGUGUUCCAUAUGGAUAUGGCUUCUUCCACUUUGUUUUCGCCACAGGAGCAAUGUACUUCGCUAUGCUACUCAUCGGAUGGAAUACUCAUCACCCCAUGAAAAAGUGGACGAUUGAUGUGGGAUGGACGAGUACUUGGGUAAGGAUUGUGAACGAGUGGCUUGCGGUUUGCGUAUACAUUUGGAUGCUGGUGGCUCCAAUCGUACUCAAGAGCAGAAGACAAACGACAAGUGGGACAUGAGAGAUUGAAAUGUUUGGGAAACGACAGAAAACUUUGUCGUUUUUGAUCUCUGUUCAUCAUGUGUGGGCAUACAACUAAACCGCUUUUUUCACCUACGACCAGGACGGAACGCAAACAUGCUCUCAUGGAUUUGGUGGG